AAAGUUUCGGGCUAUCAAAAAGACCGCUAAGUGAGCCGGCCUCAGAUAUAUCGAAAGAGGAAGUCGCGACAGCCAAGAGGAAGAUACGCAAAACUUGGAAGUUAUCAAUUUGUCAAUGGUUCAUGUACGGUCUCAUAAGCGCCUGUUUGGCCUUGAACAUAGCGGACAUGCUGAGCUAUAUGAAGACGAUUUCUCAGAUCAGUGGGUGCGGUCGGUGCAUAUUCCUGAAAUACCAGCUCAUACUGAUGGCAGUGGGGGUUCUGGUCAUAUUUCUGCUAUGCGCGAUCGCCGUCGUGGUGCUUAAGCAGAGUGCCAAUGGGCUGCGAAUUGUCGUAAUGUUGAUGUUCCUGGCAACAUGGCUGCAGAUGAUGAUGAUCAUCCUGCUGACUCAUGAGUACCCGCUUAUCCACGACAUCGAAGUCAUCUGGAAACGACACAUGAGUCUGGAGUACUACGAGAACAAGUACGAGUGCUGCGGCAUGAUGGGACCCGAUGACUACACCUACAACAAGGACUUGGUGCCCAGCAGCUGCUUUAAGCACCGCAGUAUGAUGUCCCAGGACUUGUACAAGUCUGGCUGUGCGACUAAGAAGACUACGCCCUCUGACUUGGCCAUCACCGAGCUGGUAUCAAUCGCCUGUCAGUACGUCCUGAUUGUGGCCAUCCUCCUCCACAGGAAGUACCUGGAGCGCAACCUGGUUGAAGCCCGCUCCCUGCGAGCACUGACAACUGCGCUUCUCCACCUACCGCCGUAAUAACAAAUUGCAUUUGCAUUCGGUUUUGGGAUUCGGUCUGAAAUUGGGACUGGCAUGCGGGACAAAUUGGAUUGGACUCUGCCUGGAUUUCUCAUAUUUCACCAGAUGCAAUCAAUAACGAUAAACACUCGAGUCUCCUCUUGAGUCUGCCGAAAGGGAUUCAAUGUCCCGAGUCCAGUGUCCGGCAUGCAUAUGGAUGAGCCAAUAAAGAAAUCAACAAAGCAUGUCGGGGCGAUUGAAAAAGUAUUGCAAAUGCCAAGGGAUAGCCAGGGAUUUGGACACGGACACGGACACGGACACGGAGAUCUCGACUCGAAUCGCAACAAUAUGCAAAUGCAGCUAAGCGGCAAAUAUUCAAGGACAAUCCAAAUCCACCCACACCAGCCCACAUCUCCCCCAUCACGAGUUUAUUCCUCUUUUAUGUCCGUACAUAAAUUUUAUUGUUGUCAACAUUAAA